AUGUUGACGAUUAUAUAUAUCGUCCUCUACAACUAUCUCGUUGAUGAUCAGGUCCGAUCGAAGUGGUCGAGAUUCCUCCCUGAACAUCCCCAGUGUGAUAGCCACCACGUGAAGUUCGACCCGCUGUCCAGUACUCAUAAGGUCCCUAACUUUAUGGGAGGUGCCCUGCCGCGGAAAGACCAAGGUGAUGUAAAUUACUACUACGUGACUAUGUUAACAAUAUUCAAGCCUUGGAGAACGCCUGCAGAUCUCAAGUUGUCGACGCAGACAUGGAAAGAUGCUUUCGACUCGUUCUCGUUUACUACAGAACAUAAGAUAAUGAUGUCUAACUUCAAUGUUCGCUAUGAAUGCUUAGACGAAAGAGAUGAUUAUCAUAAGAUUCUUAAACAAAAGAGAAAAGAAGCGACCAACGUUCGAUUAUUCAAUCCUUUUAAAGGAUUCGAAGAGGAUGAAACAGACGACGGUGAAGUCGAAGCUCUUAUGAAAGAACUGAUGGACAAGAUUUCUGCAGUCGAUUGCUCUGAUAUCCAAUUAAUCUCCGGAUACAAAUCGAAACGGAAUGAUCGUGACAAGAUGAAAGCACGUGCAAUUUUGGAAAGAUUAAACUGGCUGGGCAGUAGCGACAUUCCAGAACAAAGUGGCGAGGAAAAUGGAAAUGAAGAAUGUAUGGAUAUGCAUAUUUCGACCAGCCUUACUGGAUCCCAUUGGAAAAACAUAGUGCAGUCCACCAAAAAGCACCUGAUCACGUUAAGACAGCAGAGUAGAUUGGAAAGCAUAGCUUCAAUAAAAACGAACAAAGACGGAUAUGACGGUACCACGCCACCUGCCCCAUUUUCUCAAUGGCGUCGUACAAGGGACGGAGUCGUUCGGUUAUUAGACAAAUCAUACAUCUUUCAUGAUUACAAGGCUCAGUGUGAAAGAGAUACGAAUAUUGUAAACUCAACAAUCGCCAAAUUCUCCUUGAACAAAGAACAGACCAGAGCUUUCAAAAUUGUGGCUAAUCACGCUUGUUCACCUUCUCCGGAGCAAUUAAAGAUGUACCUCGGAGGUAUGGGAGGUACCGGGAAAUCCCAGGUAAUCAAAGCUCUUAUUAGCAUGUUUUCUUCUAGAAGCGAGUCGCACCGGUUUAUGGUGGUAGCUCCAACGGGCACCGCAGCUGCCCUAUUGAACGGAUCAACUUAUCAUUCCGCUCUAGGUAUCAUUAAUCGAUCAAAUUCGGAAUCUGAUGACGUACCUAUCAGAAGCGAGUCUGCGCUUGUUUUAGACGCCCGCGAGCGUCUUGCUGGUGUUGAUUACAUCUUCUUAGACGAAGUAUCAAUGAUUUCGUGUUCUGAUUUAUAUAACAUUAGCACUAGGCUCUCUAAGGUAACGGGUGAAAGUGACGAACCUUUCGGAGGUGUCAAUAUGAUAUUUGCCGGCGACUUUGCACAGUUACCUCCCACUGGCGGCCAUUACUUGUACUCCCACUGCCCUACAAAUGAAGAUUCGAAAAAGAAAUGGAUGGAAACAGCCAUUAUAGACGAUGACAAGCUUCGAGUUGCACUAGAGAAUAUGAGAUAUGCAUCGUGCACACCUGAAGAUAUAUUCUUUCUCAAGUCUAAGAUUGUGAACAACUCAAAUGCGCACCUGCUGCGGAGCAGGCGCUUCCGAAAUGUAUCAAUUAUAACAUCCUUGAAUAAUUUCAAGGACCAGUAUAACAAGGAUGGUGCUAGACGAUUCGCGUUGGAGAACGGCAAAAAAAUAGUUGAGUUCAAAUCUAUAGACUCCCUUACUCAACUACCGGGUGUUACAACUUCAAAAGGCAGAGGAAACCGCAAGUCCAAUAAGAACAGGAUGACAGAAGCGCUGCAGAAAGUUCUCUGGAAGUUAGAUCCAAAUGCUACCGACCACAUUCCUGGGAUGCUGUCUAUAUGUAUUGGAAUGCCUGUUAUGUUACGGAAUAACGACGCCACCGAACUAUGCAUAACAAAAGGUCAAGAAGGAAUCGUCGUAGGAUGGGAUAGUACCACGGGCCCUUAUAACUCACAAGUACUAGAAACCUUGUUCGUCCGACUCAUUAAUCCUCCCAAACCAAUACAGAUUAAGGGUUUAGCCGAAAAUGUAGUGCCUAUACCACGAUCCAAGAAUCCUGCCAAUUGCCUGUUGCCUGAUGAUACACGAAUUAGAGUCGAGAGAGACCAAGUAAAUGUACUCCCAAAUUUCUCGAUGACAGAUUACGCGUCUCAAGGUAAGACUAGGAAAGAGAAUGUAAUAGAUUUGUCCAAUAGUAGAACUUUUCAUCACAUGUACACGAGCCUAUCCAGAAGCUCGGACGCGAAUGGGACUAUUAUUCUAACCGAAUUCGACGAGUCCAAAAUAACCGGUGGGAUCAAAGAUGGUCGGCUACGGCAGGAAUUAAGGGAGCUCGCCAUUCUUGACAAAAUCACCGAGCUCCGGCAUUCGAAAAAAUUGCACCAGGCAGUUACCUGUGACAUGCGUUACCCGCUGAUACAUUCAUUUCUCACGGCCGAGGACCACUCGCAUAAAGAACGCAGGAUCAAGUGGCAUGAAUCGCUUAACCCGGUAGCCGGAGACAGCCUCUUACCUGAUUUGAACGACUAUAGUGCUUUCUAUACCGUCAACAAAUCCAUAAGGACCAAGCUGGAUACGAUCCUAGGCCGCGAAAGUAAUAAGAAUGACGACAGAAAAGAGUUGCUAGUUUCAAUGACCUCAAAUGGUUCAAACUCGAGAGAAGAACUCCCUAUGGAACAAAUCAGAGAUCAGAUUCGUUUGGAUCUUAACCGCGCCAAUCCUUUGGCUUUCCCGUACGGGCAUUCCUUUAUCUUCAUCCACGACCUCGUAGGUGAACUGUUCAGAAGCGACGAAUUGUACGGCGAAACCGUGCUUACAUGCGACACGUGUGACAUCUAUAAACCGGAACAUCACUUGCAACUAAGGGAACUAACGUCGGUAUUGAGCAACAGUUUCCUACGAGAAACAUGUGCCACAACGUACGGUCUGCGGCAUGCUCUGUACAUGUAUCCAUCGCCAACAAGGAAUCUUACCUGUGAUACCAACAUGUGCCAAGUCCCCGAGACGAGAAUAAAUCUCGUGGUAUUGCAAAGACCCUACGCCCGUAUGCCCUGA